AUGGUGUGCUGUCCCAUCUGUGAAAAGCCGGUCCUGGAAGCAGACAUCAACCGACACAUCGACUCCGGAUGUAAGAAAUUCAUUGAAGGCGUCUCUCCACCAGCAACCUUUUCGCAGCUCGCACCACCAGCCACUCAACCCAAUGGCACGAAGCCCAAGAGCACACAGUCCGCCAGAUUCUUCACGCCCGCCGCCAAGAAGAGCGCCAUUUUCCGCGCCGAUGAGGUGUCUUCGCCUGCUGCCAUACCAACUCCCAUAUCCCGACCCUCGAUAGCACCCGCGAGUACUGCACCAGUAAAGCGGCGGCGAGACGAAGAUCACGAUGAACACCAUCCAGAAGCAGUGCUGCCACCUGCAAAGAAGGCAAAGGAUGCCCACAAGCCGUUGGCAGAGCGCAUGCGCCCGCAGAGCUUGGACGACGUAGCAGGGCAAGAGCUUGUUGGACCUCAUGGGGUACUGCGAAAUCUGAUAGUGUCAGAUCGUGUACCAUCCAUGAUCUUAUGGGGUGGUCCAGGGACGGGAAAGACUACCAUCGCACGACUCAUCGCACAGACAGCUGGGACACGCUUUGUGGAGAUCAACAGCACAUCCAGUGGAGUGGCAGAAUGCAAAAAGCUGUUCGCGGAAGCCAAGAAUGAAAUGGGACUGACGGGCAGGAAGACCAUCAUCUUCUGCGACGAGAUACAUCGGUUCAGCAAGAGUCAGCAAGAUGUUUUUCUGGGUCCCGUGGAAGCUGGGCAAGUCACGCUGAUAGGAGCGACAACGGAGAAUCCAAGCUUCAAAAUUGUAAAUGCUCUGCUGAGUCGAUGUCGGACGUUUGUCUUGUCGAAACUGACAGACGAGCACAUUUUUGGCAUUUUGAAACGAGCCCUUGCGCGAGAAGUCCCCAGUCUGCCUACGCCUUCGCCCAGCCCAUCUGAAGAAGGGAGUCUCGACGCUGCAGAUACCGCAGAAAGUAGCCUGAGUCUGCUGAGUGACGAUGACUACUCUUUGAUCCGAUACCUCGCAGCUUUUGCCGAUGGCGACGCUCGAACCGGUCUCAAUCUUCUCGAACUCGCGCUCGACCUCUGCCAGAAACCCCACACCACAAUCGAAGACAUCAAGAAGAGCUUGACGCAAACUCUAGUAUACGACCGAGCCGGAGACCAACACUACGACACCAUCUCCGCCUUCCACAAAUCCGUCCGCGGCAGCAACGCCGACGCCACACUCUACUACCUCGCGCGCAUGCUCCAAUCCGGCGAAGACCCCCUCUACAUCGCGCGCCGCAUGAUUGUCAUCGCAAGCGAAGACAUUGGACUCGCAGACAACACCAUGCUAUCCCUCGCAACAGCCACAUAUUCCGCCGCCGAAAAAAUCGGAAUGCCCGAAUGCCGCAUCAACCUCGCCCAUUGCGCCGUCGCACUAGCCUUGUCUCCCAAAUCCGUCCGAGCAUACCGAGGUCUCAACGCCGCAUACACAGCCCUCCACGAACCGGGUAUCGCAGGUCUCCCCAUCCCCAAACAUUUGAGAAAUGCUCCGACGAAACUUUUAAAAGAACUCGAACAUGGCAAAAAUUACAAGUAUAAUCCCGACUAUGUACAAGGUCGAGUCGUGCAGGAUUAUCUUCCGGAAAAACUCGAGGGGAAAAGAUUUCUUCCCGUGGCACAUUUGGGCGACCAGAUCGAUCCUGAAGUGGCGGAAUGGGAUGAGCAGGUACGAGUCAUGGCAGAGCAUGAUGAGAAGAUUCAUCAAGAAGAAGAAGAGGAGGAAGUGUUGUUGAAUCCGGACGGAGAUUGA